AGCCGCAGCCGAGCCAUGCUCCACCUUAGCGAGUUUUCUGGCCCCGACGCACUCCUGGUAAAGUCCACCGAGGGCUGUUGCUCUGAACCCAGUACCGAACUGACCCGGCUGCCCGCCAGGGACCCACCCGCAGCCGCCGGCUAUCCCGCAGCAGGUGACUUCUUGAGCUGGGCCUUGAGCAGCUGCGGCGCCGGGGGGGACUUAGCCGACUCCUGCUUCCUGGAGGGGCCUGCGCCCACGCCUCCUCCCGGCCUCAGCUACAGUGGUAGCUUCUUCAUCCAGGCAGUACCCGAACACCCGCACGAUCCGGAGGCACUCUUCAACCUCAUGUCGGGCAUCCUAGGCCUGGCACCUUUCCCGGGCGCUGAGGCGGCAGCAUCCCGGUCUCCUCUGGACGCUUCUUUUCCCGCAGGCUCCGACGCCUUGCUGCCAGGACCGCCAGACCUUUUCUCCCCGGAUCUGGGCGCUACCGUCUUCCCAGAGGCGUUCUGGGAGGCCUCACCCUCGGCGGGCGCCCCCUCACAGUGCCUGUAUGAGCCUCAUCUCUCCCCACCCGACGUUAAGCCCGGCCUCCGGGCUCCUCCGGCUUCUCCUGCGCUGGACGCUGCCUCGGCCUUCAAAGGUCCCUACGCUCCAUGGGAGCUGCUUUCAGCCGGGGCUCCAGGGAGCUGUGGGUCACAGGGAGGCUACCAGGGCGCCCCGGAGGCCCGUUUCCCCCCGAUGGGGGCCAAGAUUGAAGACCUGCUGUCCAUCAGCUGCCCCGCGGAGCUGCCGGCUGGCCCCUCCAGCAGACUGUACACCACGGGGGCCUACGAUGCUUUCCCGCUGGCCCCGGGUGACUUAGGGGAGGGAACCGAGAGCCUCCCGGGGCUCCUGACCCCUACUAGUGGGGAGGGAGGGAGUAGCGGCGAAGGCGGAGAGUUUCUGGAUGGUACGCAGCCUGAGCUUUCCCCGCUGGGCCUCCGCAGCGCCGGGGCGGACUUCCCGAAACCUCUGGUGGCGGACCUUCCCGGGAGCAGUGGCGUGCCUGAGCCUCCAGGACCGCCGCCGGUCCCAUUCCCCACAGCCAAGGCGCGGCGCAAGGGGCGUCGGGGCGGCAAGUGCAGCGCACGCUGCUUCUGCCCUCGGCCGCACGCCAAGGCAUUUGCUUGCCCGGUGGAGAGCUGUGUGCGCAGCUUUGCGCGCUCUGACGAGCUCAACCGCCACCUGCGCAUCCACACGGGCCACAAGCCGUUCCAGUGCCGCAUCUGCCUCCGCAACUUCAGCCGCAGCGACCACCUUACCACACACGUGCGCACCCACACAGGCGAGAAGCCCUUUGCCUGCGACGUGUGCGGCCGCCGCUUCGCGCGCAGCGAUGAGAAGAAACGGCACAGCAAGGUGCACCUCAAGCAGAAGGCGCGCGCCGAGGAGCGGCUCAAGGGCCUUGGCUUUUACUCGUUGGGCCUCUCCUUCGCUGCGCUGUGA